AUGGGUAGCGAAGAAGAGAGGGUUCUUGAGAACCAACUAGAACUUCAAUUGCACGAGCAAAGGGAUUCUCUCACUGCAAUCGAUCACGCGCUUCUCCUUGAUCCAACCAAUUCCGAACUCCUCGAGGUUCAUGAGGAGCUUGUUCAGGCAAUUAAGGGUGCUGAGGAAGGACUUCUUCACCUAAAGCGUUCAAGAUUAUUAUCUGAAGCAGAUGCAGUGCUGCGUAGUACUAAUAUUUUUGCUGAAGAAGAGAAAGUAGAGCCACUUGAUCCUGCUGAUGUUGAACCAGAGCCACUAGAAGGAAAAUGCUUUUCUGUUGGAUCUAAAUGUAGAUUUCGUUACAAAGAUGGACGUUGGUACAAUGGUCAAGUGCUGCAAUUGGAUAAUUCAGCGGCAAAGAUUUCAUUUCUUACUCCUACAUCUGAAAAUAUGCUGAUGUGCAAGUUCUUUUUACAACAACGAUGUCGAUUUGGUAGUAACUGUCGCCUAUCCCAUGGAAUUGAUGUUCAACUGUCCUCCCUUAAGGAAUAUGUCCCGACAAUCUGGAAGCCGUCCCAUGCGGGGUCAAGUAUAUGGGCAGUCUCAAAUGCAAAUGCAGGCAUUUGGAGAGAAGCCGAGCUUGAGUCAUGGGAUGAAAAAGCUGGAGUUGGACAAGUUGUUUUCCGAGACAAUGGAAGUUCUGUGAAGCUUGGUGCACAAGAUAUGGUAUUAACUGAGUAUGCAGAUGUGAGUGACAUGGAUAGUGAUUUCAGCUCAGAGCAAUCCGAUUACAGUGGCUCCGAGGAAGAGGAACCACAAGGUUUAGGAUUUAUGGAUAGUACCAACUUACAGAAAGGCGUUCAAACCGAAACUGCUAUAUUUGCAAAGUGGGAGAAUCACACCAGAGGCAUUGCUUCCAAAAUGAUGGCGAAUAUGGGUUACCAAGAAGGAAUGGGCUUAGGUUUAACUGGUCAGGGUAUGGUUGAUCCCAUACCAGUUAAGGUCCUACCACCAAAGCAGUCAUUAGAUCAUGCACUCAAGUCUCAUAAAGUAGAAAGGAACACAGAGAAGCAAAGGAAGAAACGGACCAGAGGUGGUAGGAAAAAACGCGAGAAGAAAUUUGCAGAAGCAAUUCGUGCCGCAAAAGAAAAAGAAGAAUCAGCACCAGAUGUCUUUGCGCUAAUAAAUACUCAACUAGCAAUGCACGGUGAAGCUUCCAAUGAUGGUGGAUCAAUGAAGAAGCAGCCAAGUAAAAGUUCAGGGGAAGGUAAAAAGGUGGAUAGGAGGGUGUUGGUUGCUUAUGAGAAUGAUGUGAAGGAUCUGAAAGUGCAGGUUCAAAAGUUUGAACAAAUGGCGGAAGCAAACAAAAAAGAAAAGCCUGUUUAUGAUGUUGCUAUGAAAAAAUUAGUUCAAACUCGCAAAGCUUUGGCAGAGGCUGAAGCAGUUCACGCCUCUGCCUUAAAUGAUGUUGUUAGCAAAGAAAAAGAGAAGAGAUGGCUUAAGUUUUAG